GGGCACAUCAGCCUACCCACCAUCCCUUCCCUGCUCUCAUCCAGGGGUUAUUCCGAGCAGCACGGCCGACGUUUCACUGCCGUGAUUCCCACCAACGUCUUCGGGCCACACGACAACUUCAACAUUGAGGACGGCCAUGUCCUGCCUGGGCUCAUCCACAAGGUCUACCUGGCCAAACAGUCCGGCUCUGCUCUGACCGUCUGGGGAACGGGCAAGCCCAGGAGACAGUUCAUCUAUUCCCUGGACCUGGCCCGACUUUUCCUUUGGGUCCUGCGGGAAUACGAUGAGGUGGAACCAAUCAUUUUGUCAGUGGGAGAAGAAGAUGAAGUCUCCAUCCGGGAAGCGGCAGAGGCCAUUGCGGAGGCCAUGGAAUUCAGGGGAGAGCUCGUUUUUGACACCACCAAGUCAGAUGGGCAGUUCAAGAAGACGGCCAGCAAUGCCAAGCUCCGGCGGUACCUGCCCGGAUUCCAGUUCACACCUUUCAGGAAAGCUGUGAAGGAAACCUGUGCCUGGUUCAACGCCAACUAUGCCACUGCCAGGAAGUGACAGCACCGGGACUGGGAUCACCUGGCACCGGGAUCAUCCUCUUCAACUCAGGGUUGUCCUUUGCUGGGGCAGAGGACGGGGCUGGGGGGGUGACAGUGACAUUUCCAAAGCAAAAACAGGAGCCUGGGGAGCAGCUCCCACGUUCCUGCUCCACUGCUGGGAGUGGCGCAGGACGCCCAGGGCAGGGGGGAGGAAGGUUGGGGCAUCCCAAAAACAUCCCAAAUCAAGUAGUAGGAGCCAACUGGAGCCACAUUGCCAUGGCUGUGACCAAGAGGGUGGUGGCUCUGAGCUGUUAAUGAGCUACACUAAUGACCUGCAAUUAGGUGUAAUAAACAGAAGGCAAUCAGGAUUCCAGGGCAUGGAAAUGGCAGCAGGGAAUUUGCCGCUGCUCUUGGCACUUGGGGAUGAUCCCACAGCCCCCCAUCUCAGGAUAAGAAUGGAAAAGAUUGCAGCUGUAAAUGUGGCAUUUAUUAAAAUAUAUGCAAAUAGCAUAAAA